GCAGAAGCAUGAUGUCACUUUUCAAGUAGACAGAAUUUAUGACAAACGUUUCAUUUAAGCGAAAACACAUAGGCAGGCUUCAUUCACACGUUUGGAUUCUGACUAUAACAUUUGCAAAAAUGAAAACUUUGACUAUACUAGCGUGGUAUACAUUAUAAAAUAGUUUCAUAUGUUCAUUCUGAAUUCCUAAGCUAUAUUCAUGUAUAUGAAUAUUUCUCAACAUCAUAUCAAUAUUUUUUAUUUAUUAACAAUUUAAUGAUGACUUUGAAUAACAACGAGUCGGAAAAAGGAAAACCAGAACUAAUACAAAAUGGAAAAAUUCCAGAAGGACAGCAAAAAAAGCCAAGGAAAACGAAAAGAUGCCGUAGACGACUAUCUCAGCUUCUACAUACUCACGUAGUCCUCAUCACAGUCUGUGUCCUCAGUGCUCUCGAUGCUGGCUGUGUGCUGGGACAAAUCAUAUGCGAUAUACUCAUCAUGUCAGAAAAAUUACACGACAGUGAUGUUCUGAAAGAAAGUACAGUGGCUGUUUUAAUGAAAGUUUGUCCGAAAGCCAACUACACAACGGUGGACGGACAUUCACCUACCCUCGAACAGGCAAUAGAAAGUGUUAAGAAACAUUCAUGUUAUUCAAACAGUUCCAUCAUUCAGAGUCACGAUGAUCACAACAGAGAUACCUAUCUCAGUGAUGACACCGGAAGACGAGAUGUGAUACACCACAGAUCCAAAAGAGCUUCCGCUUCUGGCGAUGACGCACACGCAGAACACACUUUGGUUGAAACCCUUACACACGCCUUUCAUCUAGGGAGUCUAGUGAUUUUGUCGCUUCUUGUAUUUGAGACAUUUUUGAAAAUCUUCGCGAUGGGAAGUCACUUUCUGAAUCACAGACUAGAGGUUUUUGAUGCUUUCGUUGUAACUGUAUCUUGGAUCCUAGAUCUAUCGUUUUAUGAAGGAAUCUGGGCUCAGCCAGGAUCAGAGGCGGCCACCAUUUUGAUUAUAAUUUUACCCUGGAGAGUGAUAAGAAUUGUCAAUAGUUUCGUUCUUGUGAUCAAAGAAAAGGAUUUAGUAAUACUGAAAGUAAUUAAACAGCAAUACAGACGACUCGUCAAGAGAGAAAAAGAACUUACCAACAAAUUAGAACAAUAUAGGAUUGAACUUCGGCAGCUACAAGGCCUAUGUCGAAAGUAUGGAGCGAAAGAGCCGGAGAUUGUUGCAUGUGCACCUAUAGGAAGGCGAAGAACAAGCAGCAUAAUGUCUGGGAUGUCUAGCUUUGCUUCGCUCGCCAUGAUAGGAGCUGUUGGAAGUCAACCCGACUUAGCCCGCGAAUCUUCUUCUGAAGAAGAGGAUGAUAUUCCAUCUCCUACUCCAUCUCAGAUUAAAGAAGCUAACCAUUUGCUAAGAUCUGUAUCUACAACCAGCAGUUUCCUAGAUGGUGGAAUGUCUGACACUGUUACAUUUUCCCUUUCACCCGAUCCCACAAGUCCUAACGGCCAAGCUAAUCCUGUAUUUACCUUUGAAGUUGACGCACCGUCCAAUAAUUCCACAACGAAGGGAGAUUCAACAAAGCUGUGAAGAGAACAUCAUAUUUUUUGCUGUCUGUGA